AGUUAUGAAACACAGAAGGCGGUGCCUAACCAACCCCAAUAAAAGACCACAAAGCUUCAGCUGUAUGGGGCCGGUAUCUGCACUCUUCCACAAGAAAAAGACAGUUGACAACAAGUAACAUGGAAUGGGGUGGUGCAGUCAUCCUUCUCCUUGUUUUCUUUUUUUCUUGCCAUUUGCUCAUAUUUUCAAAGAGGAAACGAUUGCACAAGGGGAAACCCCCUCCAGGACCUACUCCCCUGCCCCUGAUUGGGAAUUUCCUGCAGAUGAAGUCAUCUGAAAUCUUAAAAUCUCUUCUCAAGCUACAUGAAAAAUAUGGCCCUGUUUUCACCGUCUAUUUUGGAUCACGCCCGGUUCUGGUCUUAUGUGGACACCAAGCUGUGAAAGAAGCCCUGAUAGACAAGGCAGAAGAGUUCAGUGGAAGAGUUUGCAUGCCUUCAAUGGUGCCUACUUUCCAAGGAUAUGGAGUGGGCUUUGCCAAUGGAGAACGCUGGAAGGAACUGCGACGAUUCUCCCUUGCUGUCUUGAGAAGUUUUGGAAUGGGGAAAAAGUCUAUUGAACACCGAAUUCAAGAGGAAGCUCAAUUCCUGGUGGAGGAAUUUCGGAAGACAAAGGAAAAGCCGUUUGAGCCUACCACCCUCCUCAGCCAUGCGUUCACCAACAUCAUUUGCUCCAUUGUUUUUGGGAACCGAUUUGACUAUAAGGAUAAGGAAUUUCAUGCCCUCUUGGUGAUGCUAAAUGAAUUCUUCUUGGAAAUGAGCUCCUCCUGGGCCCAGUUCUAUGACAUCUAUGCCAACUACCUCAAGUACAUUCCGGGACUCUACAGUAAGUUCUAUGAUUCCAAGGAUUUGAAGCUCUUCGUUGCCAAGAGAAUCAAGAAAAAUCAAGAGACUCUUGACCACAACGUCCCACGUGACUUUAUUGAUUGCUUCCUCAUCCAGAUGGAAAAGGAAAAAGACAAUCCAGGAAGUGAAUAUAAUAUCAAGAACUUGCAGCUCAGCAUUCUUAAUCUGAUUCUUGGUGGAUCAGAGACAGGCAGUUGCACUCUGAAAUAUGGUUUCUUGUUUCUGAUGAAAUAUCCUGAAGUGCAAGCAAAAGUGCAUGAAGAAAUUGAUCAAGUGAUUGGCCAUGAUCGUGUCCCAAACACUGAAGACCGGAGGCAGAUGCCCUAUACAGAUGCUGUUAUCCAUGAAGUGCAGAGAUGCAGUGAUGUCCUUCCUAUGAAUGUGGCCCAUAUGGUUACUUGUGACACUGAAUUCCGAGGAUACCUAAUCCCUAAGGGGAUGACAGUCUACCCAAUACUCAGCACUGUCUUGCAUGACCCUACAAUGUUUAAAAGCCCCAAUGCUUUCAACCCAGAAAACUUCUUGGAUGAGAAUGGACGUUUCAAGAAGAAUGAUGCCUUUGUGCCUUUCUCCUCAGGGAAACGGAACUGCUUGGGUGAAGCCUUGGCCCGCAUGGAGCUUUUCCUCUUCUUCACCACCAUCCUGCAGAGUUUUCAAUUGAAGUCCCCUAUGCCUCCUGAAGAUAUUGAUCUCACUCCUCAGGAAAGUGGCCUUGCCAACAUCCCACCCUUUUACCAGGUCUCCAUCGUCCCACGCUGACCCUGAGGUCCCUUUUUCCGGGAGCAUCCAAACAGCACCUAAAAUGUGUGCCCUCUCGUGUUUUCUCCUGGGCUGGACAGAUGAUAUCUCCGGGAAAAAUGAAUAGUUUCAGCACAAAGCAGGAAAACCCUGCUUUUUUCAGAAUUAAUUUGAUACUG